UUGCUUCUCUUUUUCUGUUCCGAAGGCCGCCGCUCUCUGCUCUUCUCUGCGGACGCCUCACAACGGAGCUCCUGAAAGCAUGGCGACAUGUGUUUAUUCGCCGAGUUCGAUUUCAAUAUUUGGUUGUCAUGUGUCGCACCGUUCUUCCGUGUCUUCCAUCCACUCGCCGUCGAUGACCUUAUCUAAACUCCAGCCGCUUCGCCGCCUCUCCGAUCGCCUUCUACGACGUCGCAGGCUGAUUGUCUCGGCUGCGUCCGUGCGCCAGGAUACCACCGUCUGGACUCCGACUACGCUGCUGGAAGUUUCCCCUGUUGCUGAGUCGCUCUUCAGUAUUACUAUCGAUGUGUCGGAAUCGCCCGAGGUCGCCGCCUCGUACACCAAGGCUGGUCAGUAUUUACAGCUCCGCUUACAGGAUCCUAACGUAAAGCCUGCGUUCCUCGCCAUUGCAUCGCCUCCGUCAAUCGCCGCCUCGAAAGGUGUGUUUGAGUUUUUGGUAAAAUCCGUAGCUGGAUCCACCGCUGAACUCCUCUGCGACCUUCAGAAAGGUGAUGCUGUGGAGUUGACCUCGGCCAUGGGCAAAGGAUUCAAUAUCGAUCAAAUCUCGCCGGAGGAGGAUUAUCAGACAGUGCUAAUUUUCGCCACUGGAUCUGGAAUUAGCCCUAUUCGUGCUUUGAUUGAGGCUGGAUUUGGUGCUAAUAAUAGAUCUGAUGUGAGGCUGUAUUAUGGAGCUAGAAAUCUCAAUCGGAUGGCAUAUCAGGAAAGGUUUAAAGACUGGAAAGCUUCAGGAGUUGAUAUUGUGCCUGUCUUGUCCCUGCCUGAUGAUGAUUGGAAAGGGGAGCGAGGUUAUGUGCAGGCUGCAUUUGCUCGUGAUAAAAGGUUAUCUAACCCUCAGUCUACUGGGGCAGUACUUUGUGGCCAAAAACAGAUGGCUGAGGAGGUCACUUCCAUUCUUGUAGACGAUGGAGUAUUGAGUGAGAAGAUCCUGAAGAAUUUUUGACAUUUUUUUUCUGCUAUAAAUUAAGUCUUAUCUUACUGUAAAACAUUAUAUAUUCAUUGUCAACAGCUGAGCUGCAUACAAUAUCAGAGUGGAAUAUAUUUUCAAUGACCACA